AUGCCACGUGGAGACGAUCCAAAGUUCAUCAAGGAGAAUUUCGAGAAAGAGCUCAAAGACUUAGCAUCCAAGGCCAAAGAGCAGACUUGGAUCAAAUGGGCGGGGAAGCAAGUUUGGGUAUUACUUCGAUCGGGCAUCCUCCUUGCUCUCGCGGCGAUUUAUUCGAAUGUCUCGCAGCUCACAUUAUCACCUGUUUAUGGGUCGAUCCCAGCUUCGAUAUGGCACUCGAAAGGUGUUAUAGCUGCUUGCUUUUUGGGGUGGAGCUCGAACUUGUUUCUUAGCAACACUUUACCUUACAAACCGGUGAAGCUUUUGCCCAUCAUUGCGGCAUAUAUUCCCGUGAUGCAGUUCGCUCUUUUCAAGAUCAGUGGAUUCUUGGGUGCGAAUUACGGGCCUCUCAUUACUGAAGCUGUCACCUUCUUCCCUCUGCUAUUGCUCUCAGUUUUGUGUACCGCUACUAUCUUGGAUGAUCUGGAAAUGAAUCCAGGGAGGCUCCAAUGGCUCUCAGAUGCAGCCCCAGGAAUGUUUUCCUAUGCUUUCUACAAAAGCAUGGAGUAUUAUUCGAGUAUAAAAAUCACAGAGAUGAUAGGAGAAUCCUUCUUUCAGACCCGUCUUGGUCUUCAAUUCUGCCUGACUGGGCUUUAUUCGAUUUUAGCACCCUCAAAACUCCUUCUCUACAUCAUCCCACCAUUACUACACACGGCCUUUUCGAAUGUCCAUGUCCCGGCUCCAUACACAACAUCUUCUUUGAAUGCUACUAUGAACGGCAACGGAUGGUCAUUAAUUGCCCGUCAAGAAUCUCUGACUGGGUAUAUCUCGGUUAUCGAGAGUAAGGAGAGGGGAUUUCGGGUCAUGAGAUGUGAUCACAGUCUCCUUGGAGGAGAAUGGUUGAAGUCUACAACCAAAACUAAUGUGAGAGAGCCCAUCUACGGCGUGUUCGUGAUGUUAGAAGCCGUUAGACUGGUGGAGGUACCUGUUUCGGUGCCUGAUAAUGAGGCCAGUGCUUUGGUCAUUGGUUUGGGAGUUGGGACGACUCCAGCAGCCUUGAUGGCCCAUGGAAUUGAUACCACCAUCGUUGAGAUCGAUCCAGCAGUCCACGAUUUCGCAACAAAAUAUUUCGGCCUACCACCAGAUCACAAGGUGGUUAUUACUGAUGCUGUGACUUAUGCUUCUCAGCUAGCAGAAUCAGGGCAAAAGUUUGACUACGUUGUCCAUGACGUUUUCACUGGUGGUGCUGAGCCCGUUGAUCUAUUUACCCUCGAGUUUCUCCGCGAUCUCCACUCUGUUCUUAAACCAGACGGGGUAAUUGCCAUUAACUAUGCCGGCGAUCUCCUCCUUCCACCAGGGCGCAUAGUAAUCCACACUAUCCUCUCCAUCUUCCCCACAUGCCGCAUCUACCGCGAAUCUCCAGCUCCCACCCCCUCCAAGCUCCUCGAAGAGGGCCGCGAUUUCACCAACAUGGUGAUCUUCUGCACUAAUUCUGCCAAUGGAAAUAUUACGUUCCGGAAACCCAUGGGAAAGGACUUCCUGGGCAGUGGGGCAAGGCAAAUGUUUCUUUUGCCGACGCAUGAGGUUUUGCAGGAUUCAUUCAAGAUACAGGAAAGCGAUGGCGGGCCUUUAAUGAGGAAUAAUACGGAGAGAUUUACGACCUGGCAGCAAAAGAGUGCACUAGGUCAUUGGGAGCUUAUGAGGACAGUACUACCGAAUGAGAUUUGGCAGGAUUGGUGA